CACACAAAUCAAACGAAAACACGAGCAAUUUAGAAAUUGUUCACUUAUUUUUUUUGAAAAAUUUAAAUAAACUAAUGAACAUUUUAAAAGUAUUAACACAAAUUUCUAACUAAACAAUACUAGAAGCGUUUGCAAGUAUGUCACAAAUAAUAAGAACUGAACUCUUUCAACAAAUCAAAUGUUCUCCUUUGCUGCAGUUCCAACGUUACCGUGGUAAAAUCAAUAUACAACGUCCGAAACAACCACAUUAUGAACGUGCCCGUGUUAUUGCGGUAACAACACCACGCUAUCCAGAACCUCCCAAGACUAGUACCUGUUUCGAGAAACGUACCCGCAAUGUCGUUGAAAAUCCCUACAAUGAUAUCAUUGCUCGUGAAGUGCGCAAUUGGUUGGAUCACUCCAAGAUGGUGGCCAUAUUUCAUUUGAAUUCCAUCAAAUCUGAUGACUUUUUCGAUGUUCGAGUUCAAUUGCACAAACAAAAUAUGCAAUUGAAAAUGUACGGUACUAAAAUUAUGCGCAAAGCUGUGGAAGACUCUCGCUUUGAAGCCAUCUUACCUCUAUUCGAAUCACAACAAUGUAUAGUAUUUUCGCCGGAACAAAAGGUCUCUCAACUAUUGAGAGUUACUCGCAAGAUGCCUCAGAUGUUAUUAUUGGCUGGUAUUGUUGACAAUACCCUACUGAGUCGCAAUGAAUUUAUGAACUAUGCUCAAUUGCCUGGUUUGCAAUCGGCACAAGCUGAAUUGGUUCACACACUUAAUACGGCAGCCAGUACGUUGGUGCAAAAUUUGGAAGCCCACCAAAACAAUUUCGUUAAUGUCUUGGAUGUCUAUGCUAAGGGAGAGUCGUCCGGAAGUGAGGAAGUUAAAGAUGCGGGGAAAAAAGAAGAAACUAAAGAAUAAUCAUAUUUCAUAGCAUACAUACAUUUUGUUUGGUUAGUUUGUUAUACUAUUUAAAAAUAAAACAUUUAAUUAUAA